CCGAGCGUGGCGGAGGGUGCGGGGGAAUCCGGGUGCCGGCGCGUGGAGGUUGCGUCGGGGCUGCCCGGGAGUCGGGGAGCAGCAGGGUGCCGGGGCCGAGAGCCCGCGUGUCCCCGCGGCGAGUCCGCGCGGGCGGGCGGGGCGCAGCAAGUGUGUGCGAGCGCGCGGAGCCGGGCGGAGCGCCGAGGGGCCCGGCGGGUCGCGGGGAGGAGGGAUGCGUGCCCUGAACUUUUUGCCCGCCCUGGAAGUACGAGCGAUCGCGCCCGCGGGGUCUCCUUGCGGCCGCCGGGCGAUGGGCAGGGAGCGCGUGUGCCCGCCGCCGCCCCUCCCCCACUUCCGCCUCCCGCCUCUUCCUCGUUCCCGGCUCCCAGAGCCCGUCCGUGCCGGGGGAGACCCGGCGGCGCAGCCCGCUCCCACGGCCCCGCCGCCGUCGCGCCGGAGCGGACAGCCUGAGUCAGCGCGGGCGCCUGGCGCGGCAGGAGCUGACAUGGACCCAAAUCCGCGGGCAGCCCUGGAGCGCCAGCAGCUCCGCCUUCGGGAGCGGCAGAAAUUCUUUGAGGACAUUUUACAGCCUGAGACAGAGUUUGUCUUCCCCCUGUCCCACCUGCAUCUCGAGUCGCACAGACCCCCCAUAGGUAGUAUCUCAUCCAUGGAGGUGAAUGUGGACACACUCGAGCAAGUGGAACUUAUUGACCUUGGGGAUCAAGAUGGAGCUGAUGUGUUCUUGCCUUGCGAAGAUCCUCCACCUACCCCCCAGACAUCUGGGGCGGACGACUAUCCCGAGGAGCCGAGCCUGCCAAUGCCCACACCAGACAGGACCACAUCCCGCACUUCCUCCUCGUCCUCUGACGCCUCCAUCAACCCGCACAGCCCAGAUGUCAGUGACGGCGGAGUAGACACGCCCUUAGCACAGUCUGACGAGGAGGAGGAUGGGGGAGACGGCGGGGCAGAGCCUGGAGCCUGCAGCUAGCAGUGGGCUCCCACCUACAGACUGAUUGAGCUGCCUAUUCUCCACUUGAGACCCCAGGCCUAGGCAGAGCCCUUUGGAGAAGACCAGACUGUUUACUUGCAGUAGGCACCAGAGGGAGGAAAGGAUGGUAGGAUGGUGUACCUUUCUGAGAAUUAACCCAUUCCUGCUUUACUGCUAACCUUUACCUGCUGCAACCUUCCUGCCAGUUUUUGGCUUACUCUGAGGUAGGGCCCCCAAGUGAGGAGAUGGAAGAUGAGAUAGGACAAGAUGCCACUGCUUUUCUUAGCACUCUUCCCUCCUCCAGACUAUCCUGCAGUCUCCUGAUAGAGUCUCCUAAACCAGUGUCUCUAAAUGGACGUGAACUCCUUAACACUCCCAGUGAGAUGGUACUCCGGCCAUCCUGCUUCCUUACAUACUUUUUGGAACAGGGCACGGUAUGAAUAAUAAACAGAUAAUAAUAUACCA